GAAAUGGAAGGAGGAUGAUAAGAAAGAGGAUGGAAUAAGGAAACUGAUAGAGAAGCUAUGGUAGUUUUUAUGUUAUAUUUCUAUUUUUAGCUAUAGGAAGGCAAAUGAGCAAACUGUUAGAGUUGCUCUAACCCCCCAACCUACUAGCUAAACUCCGCACCGCUCCUGCGUCCGGUCUCACUCUCACCUCUCGCCUCUUCUCAUGGCGGCCACCGCCUCCACCUCCGCGUCGGCCGCCUCCAAUCCUUUCCCGUUUCCCUCGCGCCGCCCACCGGACGACACCCUCUUCUACGGCGUCUACCCGCUGCCGCCCCCCGCCGACCUGCCCCCGCCCGCGCUCCUAGCCUCGCUCCGGUCCCUCCACCUCUCCCUCGUCGACCACCUCGCCCCCUUCCUCUCCUCCCACCUCUUCCACCGCGACCCCUUCACCCUCUCCAUCCCGCCCGACCCGACCUCCCCCUGCGCGCUCUGCGCCUCGCCACCCGUGCCCCACCUCCACGGCGCGCUCCGCUUCGGGGACUCCCUCCCCGACGAGUGGUUCGCCGUCUCCCUCCUCUUCGCGCUCACCCGCGCCUUCCCAGACCUCGCGGCCCGCGCCUGGGACUCCGACGGGGAGUUCCUCCUCAUCGAGGCCGCCUUCGCGCUCCCGCGGUGGCUCGACCCCGACACCGCCCCCAACCGUGUGUUCAUCUUCCGCGGCGAGCUCCACAUCCUGCCGCCCUCCCUCUUCCCCGAGACGCCCUCACUGGACGCCGCGCUAGCCGCCGUCUACAACAACUCCGUCGACACCCGCGCCCCCGACGCCGUCCAGGCGGCGAUACAGCGCCGCAUCGCUGGGCUGCCCGAGAGGGCGGCGGAGAACCUCCACACGGCGCGCGUCAUCGUCCCGGCGCCCGUGGCGAAGGUGCUCAAGGAAGAGCCCUGCCUGAUCGCACGUGCCGUCGAGGGGUUCUUCGACCGGGACAUAGACACCAUGAAGCAUGCGGCGAGGAUGGAGAAGUUCCUUAAGGGGCCCGGCGGGGAAGGGGUUGAGAUGGUGAGGACCUGGGUGCGGAUGACGCGGGCAAUGUACGCACAGCUCAUGCAGCAGAACUUCCAGGCGCCCAGGGGGUACCCGAUGCCACGGAGGGAGGAGGGGCCAGAGAAGUGGAUGGAGGCUGAGCUGGGGAUGAAGAUUGCGUGUGGGUUCGAGAUGAUGUACCAGGAGAGACGACGCCAAGGGGAAGAAGGUAAAGGGAGCACGUGGGAGGUUUACUGGAAGAGCUUGGAGGCGACUGGGUGCUUCGAGGGUCUGCUUCCUGGAUCAAAGGAGUAUAAGAGGGUCAUGGAGGAUGCAAUGCAAUAUUACAAGAGCUCCACUUUGUACUCACGAAUGAGGGAGAUACUAAGUGAACCAGUGCGUCGAAUUGAUGGAAUCCUAUCAGUGCCAUACUCAGCCGACGAAUUUAAAGGCUUUGAUCUUCCUCCCGGUGAUGAUGACUCCUGGUUGUACGGUGGGGAGGAUGAGUUGAAUGCAGAACUCCGUGAAAGGCAGAAGGAAAUGGAAGAGUAUGAGGCUGCGAAGAAGCACAUAAAAAGUCAAAAGAAAGGUGUCUCUAGCACUUCUAAGUCCCAGACAGACGAGUUUAAGCUUGGAGAGAUUACAGAGUCCAUGCAAGAAUUUGUUCGCAAAAUGUCCAGCUUUGAGGGAGCCGAAGUUCCUGCAAACAGAAGAGAUAUGGAAUCAGUGGAUCUAGAUGUCAACCAGUUCUUCAAGGCCAUGGAAUCGGUUUUAGGUGGAGGUUCACAAGAGGAAGCUGGCAGUGUUGCUGAAAUGGAUAGAAAAUCCUCAUCAUCUGACAUGGACUUCGAUGAUUCUGAUGAAGAGAAUGAUUUUGCUGAAGAAUCAGGUGACAAGGAUGUGGAUGAUGCUUUUAUGGAAUCAUAUUCAGAUGCUCUGAAUAAAGAGCUAAGUAGUACCACUAUCGAGAAAAGCUUUACUCGUGCACCACGCCUUGACACCAACAAUGAGGGUCCAUCAGAUGCUGCAGCUACUGAUGGUGUGAUGACUCCAGUUGACGUAGAUUUGAACCUCGUGGAGAGCAUUCUUAACUCCUACUCUUCUCAACAAGGCCUUCCUGGUCCAGCUUCUAAUCUGUUUGGACUUAUGGGUGUAAAGGUACCUCCCGAUGCUAAGAAGUCGUGAUUUUUUUUUGUAUCAGUGUACACGUGGAGUUUCAGGAAAUAUACGAAGAACCAAUCUUACAUAUCUGGGUGGUUACCCAAGAUGUUGUGAUAUUUUCUCUGUAAUCUCGAUAUUUUACUUAUGUGCAAACCUCGAGCAGAAAUGUGUCUUGUGGAUAAUUACACCAUAAAUUUUAUACUUAGGGAUGUUGGGCUGUAUGGCAUGGCACCUCUGGCCUCGAGAUGAUAAAAGAGUACAAAAGAUCAGUUGGUCAUUUGAAUAAAGAUUAUUUUCAUUUUGGAUGGCA